AUGAAGGACACUUUUUCUACCCUAUGCGUCCUCGGCGCGUUUCACAUGAGCAACGUGGCAGCUGCAACAAUAUAUCUUGCAGGUGACUCUACCAUGGCACGUGGUGGUGGCGGCUCCGGAACUGAUGGAUGGGGCCAAUAUAUUGCAUCCUAUCUAUCCCUGAAUGUGAGCAACCAAGCAAUCGCCGGACGAAGCGCCCGCUCCUAUGCUCGUGAAGGACAUUUCAACACCAUCGCCUCUGAAAUCCAACCCGGGGACUUUGUCGUCAUCGAAUUUGGACACAACGACGGUGGUUCCAUCGCCCCAAUCGACAAUGGUCGCACCGAUUGCCCCGGGAAUGGUACUGAAACAUGCUCAACAACAUACAACGGCGUGGCCGAGACAGUCUUGACAUUCCCAGCGUAUCUCGAAAAGGCAGCUAACACAUUUAAGGCCAAAGGUGCCCACGUAAUUAUCGCCAGUCAAACACCUAACAACCCCUGGGAGACUGGCACUUUUGCAUACUCACCUAACCGGUUCUGGGGGUAUGCCGAACCGGCUGCUGAGGUAUCCGGGGUUAAGUAUGUCGAUCAUGGAGGUUAUGUGGCUAGCAUCUUCAAGGAUUUGGGAGUGACUACCGUGGACUCGUACUAUCCUAAUGAUCAUACGCAUACCAGUGUUGCUGGCGCGAAGGUUGUAGCGCAUGCCUUUUUGAAGGGGGUUGUGUGUGAUAAUUUGAGUUUGAAGAGUUAUCUGACUACAACGAGUUUUCAGGGGGGGUGUCUGUAG